AUGGGCUCUGCAAACGCACAGCGCAAGGGCGUUUGGGAGCCCUUACCGCUCAUCGUCUAUGGCUAUGCCGUCCAUCCACUAUCACCCUCCAAACGCGAUACCAGACUGUCAAGUCGUCGGCCCAUGUCGACUAUUACAGAGGGCUCCGCAGAUGAGAGUGGUGUACACAGGGAUGUGGUCUCCCUCGAAGUUGGCGAUGAGGUCUAUGCCUUCGAAAAGUAUACCCCAAGAGGAAACCAAGCGGAUGGCAUAUGGUACAGAGGCUACGUAGUCUGCACUGCCCGCCUUCCACCAGUCACCUGGUCUACCUCCUCUGACCCAACUUCAUCUUCAUCCGCCAAACCAGUCAAAACCGAGGAACCGCAACAGGUUUUCAUUGGCAUAUUUCCUGCAUCCCAUAUCUUUGUCCGUGAUGAGCUCUCAGACGCCGAAGGACGUCUGCCAGAUCUUGUCACUUCCCUUACAGCCAGCAUCUCGAACCACAAUGGCUCAGUAACCAGUGCAGACUACCUUGCACAAUGGAAGCGUGAGCGCGCAAACUCAGGCCCAGAACCUCCUCGCGACCACAGAGAUAGAGACCGGGAAGUCAGAGAACUGACAUAUGACGAUGAACGCAAAUCAUUCAAACUUGGGCCCCCGCCAGACCAAGCCAAGUCCACUCGUGCUGCGCUUGUCGUAUAUCCUGCGAGCAUACACUCCGUUCCAGAAUCCGAAAAUAUGAAGCCCCUUCCUCCACGUCCAUCUUUAAAGUCAGGUGAUGAUACAGCCUCUGGUGCGAUGCAGCCCAUCAUCGACGAGAUUGCUAGCGCCCUUCGAGAAUGGCAUAGCAUGAUGUUCCAGUACCUCGCAAGGCGCGAUUACAAGCUCUUCCAUACAGUUCGCGAGCAUAUCGAAGCGCUCCACCUUGGACGAAGACAGUUACUUGCGCAAACAUUGAGCGCAGAGGAGACAGUCAGUCUGAGGAGGGAUUGCGUUGCGCGCCUGGUGAGCGGCAAUGUGGUGCAGGAUCUCGAUAUUAUCGUUCGCCAUCCGACAUGGGGUGCACUAGUAACAGUGGAUGUAGAGGGCGAGAUCGACCCUCGCAGCUGGGUCAGCGCUGUGCGGAUGUAUGCCAUGCAAACUUCUCUCGCAUAUAUCAAUGUACCCUUAGACAACUCAUCCAAGCUUACCAUCGGACCUUCCGAAUUCUCCACGAUACCCACACCCACUCUUGCACAUUCUGCAUUCCCUGAUAUAUCCCGACACAAAACCAUCUCCCGGCAGGUCGGUUCCCUGGGUCCACACCAGCCUGAGAAGCCAACUGCAGCUAAAUUUUACCACAUUUUCCUUGAUCUCCGCGCUUUUGUUGCGACCCCUUGUGCACCAGGCGAGACGGCCGAGCUUUUCUUUUCGGUUUACAAGCACUCUGAAUUCCCGCGGUUCGUUACCGAAGAGUGCUGCAUCGUACUCAAUCACAACGGUGUGCUGUCACGUGACCCCAACGCCCGCAUCCGCUCGCUCUUUACUGAUAUCGCGCAGUCGGAUGCGCAGGACCCGCUAUUCCUGGUUUGUCGUAUCGUGCGGAACGGCGCGCUCAAGAUGAAUAACACUAUGGGAUCAGGUGCACCUGGUGAUGGCGGGCGUAGGCCGUCUGAAGUAUCGCUGUCUGAUGUCCCAUUGACACCCUCCCGUACGACUUUGAUAUCGGAUGUCCCGAUGAACUUCCGUCGGCCAUUUGGUUGCGCAGUGCUCGAGCUAUCACAGCUCACGAAGAUGAUGAUCGAUGGUACAGAUGUGAGCCCGAUGAAGGAGUACAGCAUGCAGAUCUUUGUGCCUACCAAUGAAGCACUCUUCUCGAUGUUACAUCAGGACAUCAUCGCAAAUAAUUCGAAGGAGUUCGAGAAGCCGCCAAGGGCUGCGAUGCUUGCUGUUUCUGUGAAGAUAUUCCAUGGCGACUCAUCUACCAUUAUCAGAGAGAAUAUGUCUCUUCUUCAAGGCAUCCCGUUGACCCUCCGACUUGGAUUCCCUGACGUGGUGUUUCCUGGAGAUGUGCGCAACGAGCUCUACAUCAAGUUAUGGACAGGGGACUUCCCAUCCUCCCCCAGCGGCUCCGCACGACUCAGCAUGGUCAAUUUCACGCGUCCUGGUCCAGUGUCUCAAAACGCUCAGGUAUCGAUCGAAGUCAGAGAUCAAGAAGGUCGCACCAUUGAGAAUGCAAUAUCUCUGGGUAGUGGCGAGCCCAGUGUAACUCAGUUCCAUUCAAUGGUUUUCAUGCGUAACAAUCAACCGACAUUCGGCGAGCUCAUCAAACUCCAGCUUCCACUUCGCGGGAUUCCCAACUGGCACCUGUUCUUUACAUUCCGGAAUCGCUCUGGACGAGGGCUCAAUGCGGAUAAGCCGUUCGCGUUUGCAUUUCAGCCACUCUUCCCAGGUCAAGGAGCAUUUUUGGAGGAUGGGAGCCAUACUUUAGUACUGUACCGCGCAGAUAAGCUCCCACAAAUCACGCCGGACAUGUAUUUGGCAUCGUCACCGUGGGUACUCCCCGGACAGCGCCCUGAGCAAGUUCUCGUAUCGCCAGACUUGCUGAGGCUGGCUUCGCCCAUGAGAGACACCGUCAUAAUACGGUCAUCUCUCUGUUCCACAAAGUUUACACAGAACCCUGUGCUCAUGAGUUUACUCAACUGGGAGGAAAUCAACGACAAGGAACUACUGCAGACCGUCCUCACCAAGUUUACCUUCGUGGGCGAAGGAGAAAUCGUCAAAUUCCUCAGGGACAUCUUCGAUUCGCUCUUCGGUAUCAUGGAGUCGCAGAACAACCAGGCCGGUGAGAUGGACCAUCUCGUCUUCAAUGCCCUGGUAACUGUCCUCGGUAUCGUGCAAGAUCGUCGAUUCAGCAAUUUCCAGCCCGUCUUGGAUGUUUACAUUGAACAGCAUUUCAAUUGCGCUGCAGCUUCUUCGCACAUGAUCCGCUCGAUGGACCGUCUACUGCGUAAUCCGACCGGCAAUGACUCGGCCUCGCCUUUACGCGCAGCGCUCAAGGUUUGGCAUUAUAUCUUCAAGUUCAUCACGCGCGCACGAGAACUCAAGAAGAGCACUGAGUUGGGCAUGGGUGACGGAGCAACCGCUGAGCACUUGGAGGCGAUGUUCAAGAAAGAAAUUCGUAUUCAUCUCACUGAAGUUAACAAGAUGAUGGCGACUACGUCACCAGCGUCUAUAAUCGGCGCACAGACCAUUGCAUUGCAGCACUUUACCUCCAUCCUUCCAGAACUUGCCAAGAUUAUCCCCACCAUCGAACUUGUGACGGUUGCUACGAACUUUGUCAAUGCCAUCUCGACUGGCAAGGGCAAGAUUAUCAUAUGGCGGUUGAUCAUGUACUUGCAGAUCGUCAAAGGUUUCUUGUUCGAUAACCCCAACUCGCGAUCAUUGCUCGUUCAAGCUGUCGUUAUGUGGAUCAAGCCUCACUUCGGCCGCUAUGACGAGUUCACGCAGACCACUACAGCGGAUUCUGAUAGCGUGCGUGAUGCAGCAAGGGUUAGCUGGUUGGAGUCUAUCAGGCUUUGUGUGACGAUUCUUGCGGUAAUGCUAGACAAGUUACAGCUGCAGUUGGUGUCGUCAUCGGUUAUGGCGAAUCGCAAUUUGUUCAGGCAGGAACAGGAAAACAUCGAGUAUAUACUUAUGCUCAUGCCGAGGCUUCUCGACUCUUAUCGCGAGUUCCAGAGUCCGGCUAAUCACCGUGCAGUGGAACGGACGCGCACUCCAACCACAACUACCGCUGCAGUACCUAUUACAUUCCCGGAGUCUUAUCCAUUUUCUCUCAUGGCUUUAUUGCCCAAUGCUCCCCGGAAUGCUACCAGCACAUCGCUGACGCACGAAGAUAACUUGCUCUUCAAUCCUGGCUUGGGCGAGACAGCCAUAGUCCUCCUUUCCCUUGUACUCUCGGCUCCGACGAAGCACAUCUACAAUUUUUUGGAGUCUAGUUAUGACAUUGAAGGGAAGGAAAACUUCGCCAGUCUGCUGACGCAGUUUUUCAAGGUUGCAACAUCUAUACUAGAGAAUGAUGCCUUCCCAAGCAACUGGUUGAAUGUGAACAUCCUGACGCACAAGGUGUUGAUCAAGAUGAUGGAUCCUGUUGCCACGCUUCUAAAGCGGAUUUUCAUACCCGCACCGUCAGCAUCGCAUCAGUUCAAGACGGAAUUGUGGAAGGACGCUUUCUUCAUGUUGCUGAAGCUUUUAUCAUCAGAGCAGCUUGUAAUUGAAGAUUUCAGUCCACAGAAACGGCGUGCCGUAUGGCGUCUGGGAGGCGAUAUUCGAGGUGAAGGUGCAGACAUACUGCUUCGGUUAUGGGAGGCCCUUGCCUGGCCAGAACCGACAGAAUCCAGCUCUGUCUCUCAAGGGGGUUACCAAGCGGUACUGAGCUCGUUGAUCGGGUACAUCGUAAAUCUCUGUCUUAGUCACCACGACCAGCUAAGAAACAAUGCGGUCGGGAUCUUGUUCGGUAUGAUCAUUUCAGAAUACCAUCAAUACGGCCACUUUGACCAGAUCGAGACGGAACUGGUCAGGAAGCUAGAUUCCCUCUUCAUGUCCCAGUCCAAGGGCGAUGACAUCUCUCGCGUGUUCUUCAUUGCACAAUUACGGCACCUAUUUGAGUCGUCCGAGGUCGACGAUCAACUUAGGGAGCGCGUCUCGGCUUUCCUUGAUUCGGUAGAUGCCUUCCUUAAGCUUCUGCUUAACGUUCGCAGACUGCCUGAGGGCGAAGAGUUCGCUGAUGACCGUGUGAUUGCCACUCUGCGCCUGAUGAACUUCAUCCGCGACAUUGGUAGGGAAGAGAUGUACAUCAAAUACGUGCACCAGUUGGUCAACGCCCACCUACAAUCGCAAAAUUACGUGGAAGCUGCGUUGACUCUAAAGCUCCAUUCUGAUUUGCAUAAUUGGGAUCUUUACUCGUUUGUGGGACCCAUGGAGGACCUUGGGCUGCCUCAACAAUCUCAUUUCCAUCGGAAGGAGACCCUGUGCUUAUUGAUUUUGGAUUACUUGGGCAAAGGCAAGGCAUAUGAGAGCGCAAUCGAAAUUUGUAAAGAGUUGGCAAAGCAGCACGCCGAGGUUACAUUCAACUAUGCGCGGCUGGCAGAAAUUUUGCGUCAUCAGGCUGCAUUGUUCGAGCAUAUCAUCACAGACCAGCGUUAUUACUCAGACUAUUUCAGAGUGGUAUUUUAUGGAGACUUCCCUGACGCCUUGAGGAAUAAACAAUUCAUCUACCGUGGAUACGAAUGGGAGAAAUUUGGCACUUUCUGCGAGCGGCUGCUUAACAAACACCCGGGCGCUCAGUUGCUAAAGAACGACCCCACAGUAGAUCAGCGAUUUGGCAAUGAUCAGUACGUCCAGUGUACUGCUGUGACUCCCGAACCGGACCGGACCCUUCCCAUUUUCACCAGUCCCGAUGUACCACUGGCUAUUCGUAAUUACUAUGAACACAGUGCCAUCAAUGUCUUCAGCUCCACUAAGCAAAUAACAAAGUUUGAUCGCGAUGGCAAUGAGGAGAUAUGGCUGGAGAAGACGUCCUUUACUACCGAACAAGCUUUCCCCACUGUCCUUCGGAGAUCGGACAUUACAGAAUGGGAAGUAGCCGAAAUAUCGCCUGUAGAAAAUGCUCUCCAUGAGGUCGAACAAAAGUCGAGGGAAUUAGCCUCAUUCCACCUGCGGUAUGCUGCUCUUGCAAAAACUGCCCAGGUCUUCUCGACAAAUGCUCUUUCUAUGAGCCUCAAUGGAGCUGUUGACCCGCCUGUGGAUGGACUUCCGGCUUAUCGUGAAAUAUUCUUUGAUCCAGUGUACUCUACCAAGUACCCUGAUAGGGUCGAAAUGAUCCACCGUCUCAGAGCCGCAAUAGAUGACCAGGUGCGGGUGACAGACAGCUGCCUGAAAUUACAUGGUCAGAUCUGUCCACAAGAGAUGUUACGGUUCCAUCAAACCUUGGAAGAGCUCUUCAGAAAAAACUUUGCCGAAGAAAUCCAGCGUAUAGCUGCAGAAAACGGUUUCCAACACCUCCCACAAUCGUCUGCCGCCUCGGUACGGGCUCACGAUCAAAACUCGUUGUAUGACAAUCAUUCCCAUCAACGGUCGCUGUCUAUCUCAUCGGGACGACCGUCCUUUGGAUUCCCUCUUUCAGUCGGUGGUUCAUCCAUGAGCCCUCAACCAAUUUCACCGCUGUCAUCGCGUCCCCCAGUCUCUUAUCAUCAUGAAGGCGUCAAGCGCACCCCGUUGCAGGUGCACGCUGCGCACGUUGCUCGUCACGGUAUCAACGGAGUGUUGACUAGCUGGCGAGAUACUCCAAGUGAUGCUAACACGGGUUCUCCACGGGACUCAUUAAUCACGGUUGGAAACACAGGCCCAGCACACUCUGGUGCCUCUGUGACGAUGUCGACUAUAGGGAGCGUGAAUUCUAUCAAAGGCCGCUUGUCGUCACGAUUCGGCAGCCUUACGCGUAAUCGUCGAGGUUGAUACUAGUUUAGUUGUUGUACACUUAGUUUCCUAGUUUCAGUAUUUCAUUCCUGGAUUAUCUACUACAUGUCGAACUUGUUUGAUUCCUGCUGUCCUUCGUUUUCACUGACACCUAGUUCGCUGUUCGUAUUGAAUAUACAGUUACAUGAUUGAUACCCCAAUGGAUUACAUGCCAAUACAGUACAUUAGGAGAGAUGUAACGGUGAUUACAAUGGCCCAUACGAAUAUCAAAGCAUGGCUCUCCAGAGACGAAAAGAGUGAUAAUACAAUAGAGGGUAAGAGAGAAAUAAAGAUAGGAUAGAGCACAUAAGUGAUGACGCAAGGAUAAUGUAUAGCACGGAUGAGUAGAAUGAAUGAUCAUGCGACUUGACUAGCCAAGGAAGCAUUCAUGCUGUGCUCUCGCAACGUCUGGAAUUCGAACGAGUCAUAGGUGUGCAUGGCAUACUGGGGGAUGGAAUACAUGUCGAAGGGUUCG